AUGUACGCAAUCCUUGCUUCUGCGGCCCUUCUGGCCACCACUGCUGUCGCACAGUCCGUCGGCUCGGCCACUGUCGUAAGCAAGUGCAACUACGAUGUGUUCCUCGCCAAUGUCCCCGCCCAAGGUGGUGGGUUCAACGAGGUUGACCGCACAUUGAAGUCCGGAGACUCCUACACUCAACAGUGGACCGAGUUGUCCAACGGCAACGGCUGGUCCAUUAAGCUCUCUAAGGACAAGACGAACUGGAACAGCGACAUUAUGCAGUACGAGUACACCUUCCACAACGACGGCAUCAUCUGGUAUGACCUGAGCGAUGUCAACGGCAACCCAUGGUCCGGUGACUGGGAAAUUACUGCCAAUGCCACGUCCAGCCCCUGCACCCCUAAGCAGCAGGCCUACCGCUACGCGACCGACGAUGCUUAUGGCAUGCAGUCGUGCUCUCAAGACGCCGACAUUACUGUCACUCUCUGCUCCGGCGAGUCCCAAAAUGACGGCGCCGCCGCCUCCGCUUCAUCUUCCGUCGCUGCCGCCAGCUCUACCUUUUCCAGCGUCGCUCAGACGACCAACUCGCAGGCCGCAUCCACUGCUUUGACCACGCUCGCCACGCUUGUCUCGACCUCGAGCGCUGUCACCACCAAUGACGCUGGCGCAACCGUCACUCAGGUUGCCACUGCCGUCGUCACUGAGGUCGCGACUGUCACCCACUGGCGCCACCACUCCAAGCGUCACGCACGUGCCCAUGCUACCGCUGCUUAA